UUAAUGAGUAGUUGUGCAAACUUUCCAGAUAUUCCUCUCUCACACAGUAAUCAUCCAGAGCAUCAAAUAUUAUAUAUCUCUCCCCCUCACUCCCAAUAUUUCAAUCCCCUCGCUCCCCCUCCGUCUCUCUCUCUCUCUCUCGUUCUUGCAUGGGGUGAGAAAGAUAAGCCAUGUCUUCGUUUUGGUGACAGGAUUUCUUUUUCUUGGGAUUGUUGUAAGAAAACUAGGGUUUUGGAGAUUCUGUAAGGAUGAAUUGUUGGGUUUUGGUGUGUGUGGUGGUGGUUGUGAUAGGAUGGUUUUGGUACAAGAACAAGAAGAUGAAGGCAGUGGAGAUUGAGAAGAGAAGUGGAGGAGUGAUUCCAAAAGGGAGUUUAGGUUGGCCUUUGAUAGGAGAAACUCUUGAAUUCAUAGCUUGUGGCUAUACAUCUAAGCCUGUCAGUUUCAUGGACAAACGCAAACUCCUGUACGGCAAUGUGUUCAAGACAAACAUAUUGGGAACACCAAUUAUAGUGUCAACAGAUCCUGAAGUGAACAAGGUGGUCUUACAAAACCAUGGCAAUGCAUUUGUUCCUGCUUAUCCCAAAUCAAUUACUGAGUUGUUGGGAAGGAACUCUAUUCUACAAAUGAAUGGGAAUUUACAAAAGAGAUUGCAUGCACUCGUCGGUGGAUUCUUGAGAUCACCACAGUUUAAAGCCAGAAUCACAAGGGACAUUGAAGAUUCAGUCAAACUCACUUUGGCUUCUUGGAAGGACAUGCACCGAAUACUCGUUCAAGAUGAAACAAAGAAGAUUACAUUCUCUAUACUGGUUCAAGUGUUGAUGAGCGUUGGUCCAGGAGAAGACCUAGACUUUAUCAAGAGAGAGUUUGAAGAGUUUAUUAAAGCCUUGAUUUGUAUACCAGUUAAGCUUCCGGGGACAAGACUCUAUAAAUCUUUGAAGGCUAAGGAGAGAUUGCUGAAGAUUGUGAGAAAGAUUGUAGAGCAAAGAAAGAUAGCAAUGGAUGAUGUUUAUUCAGGUGAAGCAAAUGAUGCAGUGGAAGUUCUGUUACGUGAAAGCAAUGGUGAUGGAAAUGAGAAGCUAUCGCUGACGGUUGAUGAAAUCAGUGAUCACAUUAUAGAGAUGAUGAUCCCCGGAGAAGAAACCCUGCCGACGGCCAUGAGCAUAGCUGUCAAAUUCCUCACUGACAGCCCCGUCGUCCUAACCAAGUUAAUGGAGGAGAACAUGGAGUUAAGGAGGCAAAAGACCGAGUCGGGCGAUGAUUAUAGUUGGAUCGAUUACAUGUCAUUACCAUUUACUCAAAAUGUGAUUAGUGAAACUCUUAGAAUGGCGAAUAUUAUUAAUGGGGUAUGGCGGAAAGCUCUUAAGGAUGUACAAGUUAAAGGCUAUUUGAUACCACAAGGGUGGUGUGUGUUGUCAGCUUUCAUAUCUGUUCAUAUGGGAGAAGAAUAUUAUGCAAACCCAUAUCAAUUUGAUCCAUGGAGAUGGGAGAAAAAUAGAGCAGUAGCGAACAACAAUAACUUUACACCGUUUGGUGGCGGACAGAGGCUAUGCCCUGGUCUAGAAUUAUCCAGGCUCGAACUCUCAAUCUUCCUUCACCAUCUGGUCACCAGUUAUAGUUGGGUGGCAGAGAAUGACGAGAUUGUUUACUUCCCAACAGUCAAGAUGAAGAGGAAAUUGCCCAUCAUCGUCAAAACUAUACAAGAUAAGAUAAACUCAUCACAGUGAAGUAAAAAUAUACAUUUAUGGCUCAAAUUAUAGGGAGACAGAUUCAUGGGGGGGUUUUCCCUACUCUUAUCUAUUAGUGUUAGUUCUGAUGUCUCUGUCUUCUUCUAUCCAUUGCUGGAAGGCUCUUGGGGUCGUCCUUUAUGUCCUGGAGAAGUUAUUGCAAUUUUAUUUAGGUCCUCCACACAUCUAAUGCGAUUUCGUUGAUGAUUCGAUAGC